AUGGCGACGGUGCUUUCAACAGAAACAGCAGAGAUUGGAAUAUCAUCAUCAGCUGUCGAAGAAGAAAUGCCAGUUUCAUCGGUCAUCCCUAGUCCGCCAGCUACUGAAAUUACAAUUACGGAAUACCCCAACUUACCAUCAUUUUUACCCAUCUAUGUUUCCAUUCGAUUAGCCAUGAAUUUAGAAACAUUUGAGGCCAAUAAACAAGAAUUUAAAGACAAUAUUGCAGCAUAUCUGAAUGAUAACUUUAAUGAAACGUUUAGUAAUGAAAGUGUUAUCAUUAUGAAUAUAUCACGAAUCGCUACAACAAAUCAACGUGCAGGAAAUGAUGAAGUUAUUGUUAAUUUUUAUAUCACCAAUGAUUUUGCUGCAAGAAGUGUAAACCCUACAUUAACAAAAUUUAUCGGAAAUUGGUUAUUAAAAUUAUUCCAGGAUAGAAAUGACGCAUUACUUGGACCAGCUUUUUCGGGCAAGCUUUUACAAGUUUCCUUGAUACUCUCAAAUCGGGUAGCGGAUGGAGUGGUGAUUGCAGUUACUUUGUCUGCUUUUGCAGCGGCAAUCUUACUUAUUGCAUUCUUGUAUUGGAGAUCAAGUCAGACCAAUUCUCAAAUGGACAAAAGCGUGCUAGCUGAGCGAUUACGAUCUGGGAGUGCCCUUCGAUUAGAAUUUGAUGAAAUUCCUACUAUGGUAUCGUCCAAUGCAGAAUUACCAGCCAAUAUCGAAAGGAAAAAUCGGUUCAUUAAUGUCGUUCCUAAUAAGCUAUCGAGAGUAAAUUUAAGACCUAUUCUUGGCGAUGUUACGUCUGAGUACAUAAAUGCUAAUUACGUCAGAGGAUAUCUAGGAAAACCAAGAUCUUAUAUCGCUACUCAAGCUCCGUUAACUAAUACUGUUACAGACUUUUGGCGGAUGAUUUGGGAGAAUAACGUUAAAGUAAUUCUAAUGGCUACGGCAUUAGAUAUUAAUGGAUCGUCCCAAUGUAGUCAAUAUUGGCCACUGGAUGAUGAAGUUGGUGCCAGUAUCAAGGCGGAUUCAUUCUUGAUUACCUUGCACGAUAGAGUAAUCUACGAUACCUAUAUCAUUUCUACACUUAAUCUACAAAACAAUAAGAGAGAAUCAAUCUAUAUUAAGCAUUACUGGUACACAAAGUGGCCAGCAGAUAAUUUCCCUUCCGAUGAAGAAUCAACUGUUAACUUACUAUUAAAUAUUAGAGAGGAAUUGAAAGAACUUGACAGUCCUUUAGUUGUACAUUGCAACAAUGGUAUAGGAAGAACUGGAGUAUUAUUAGCUGUCGAUACUUGCAUGAGAAGUUAUGAUGAUUGCCGCAAGGUAGAUAUCAAGAAAUGUGUUGAAAGAGUGCGUGAAGAUCGUGGUGGAUGCGUGCAGACCUUUGAUCAAUACCUUUAUAUAUACAAGGGAUCAUUAAGAAUCUGGAAAUCGGCUGCAAUGGAAGAACAGUGA